AUGACGGCGCCGAUGGCUGGUAACAAGAGCUAUGACUUCGGCACGGACGUCCUGGUGGAUAUCCUCAUGCGGCUCCCGCCGAGCUCCCGUCGGCGGGCCCGGCUGGUCUGCCGGCACUGGCGUGGCGCCGUGGACAGCCGCACUACGGAGAUGCAGCUCCGCCACGUCGCGACGCUCGUCUCGGCCGUGGAGAACACGGGGACGGGGAAGACCACGGCGUCCGGGUACGUCGUCGACGAUGACAGCUCGGGAUGGCGCGGCAUAAAGCUGUGGACGAGUGACGAGGAUGUGCACGUGGUGGGCACAUGCAACGGCCUCAUCUGCUUCUGCAACGACGGGAAGCUCGGCGGCCGCGUCUCCCUGCUCAACCCGAUCACCGAAGAGCAGCUGGUCGUCCCGCCGCUGCCGGCGCGCUAUCACUACUCGUCCGGAUCCGGACAGGGGCAGCCCGCGCCGUCGGUGCGCCGCUGGCAUGAGGCGUACAGCUUUGGUGUUCACGCUGGGGGAGGCGUCGUGGCGGAACUUGCCGCUGCCGGCCGCGCAAUCGGCAGCCUGGGGAGCGGCGGCGUCGUCAGCGUAGACGGCACGACCUACUGGCUGGCGAAUGACGGGGACGCCGGGAAGGUGGUGUCGCUGGACCUCGGGGACGAGUGCCUCCACGCCUCGCCCCUUCCGGUGACCACGAAACCUGGCGUCGCGCUGACGGUGGUGCACGGGAGGCUCGGCGUCGCCCUCGACAGGAACGGCAAGACGGACGUGUGGGUGCUCGAGGGAAGGCGAUGGAGCCGGCGGUACGAGGUUCAGCUGGACGGACGGCAACGGCUCACGAGCCCGCGCUUCGCCCACGGCAAGUACGUCCUGACGGAGAAGGAGGUGACGGAGCGGUGGCGCCAGGGCUCAGACAUCUACGGGCAUAGGCUGACCGAGAAGAGGUCGUUGCUGCUGUGCAAUGUGUCGCGGAGCAGGGAACCGGCGGUACGCGGCGUCCAGGGAUCCAUCGACCGGGCGUUCGCCUAUGUGCCGACCAUGGAGCCGUUAAGCGUUUACGCGAGCCGGCUGUGA